AUGCCCAUCAAACUGUAUUCAGAUUUGGGUGGAAAGUGGCCAACAGGAAUCGUUAGAUGUCCUUUUGAUUCGUGCAACACUCGCAUCAUCGCUUUAACUCCGCAGCUAGCUUCGACUGAAGUACUUUUAGAGAAUGCUCCAUCCAUGGCGGCUCAGGGUAAGUCUUUCUUGCAAGUGAAUGAUGUGUGGGACUUUGACAAUGUUGGUGUGUCACGGACAGCCCCAGAUCUCGAAAAAAGCGAAGCGGUGGGCCAACUCUCUAAAGUGGAGCGUUUACUCAUUUGUGGCGAAUGCGAUAAAGGACCCAUCGGUUUUGCUGGUUAUGUGAAUGCCCAAGAUUCAGACGUUAAAAAUCUUCGAUACUACUUGUCGUGUGACACGGUCAAAUAUGACGUUUAA